AAUUCCUUCAAAGGUUCUGAUCUGUUUGAGUUUCUUCGACCAAUCUUCGUGUUCUACUUUUUCUAAUCUAAUAGAAAGCAUCCACUGGUUGAAUAAUUCAAAUAAAUAUAUCUGGGAAUGCUGAAAGAUGUGCUUGAGCGACAAGAAUUCCUUCUCUGAAAUCAAUGAAUUUGACACUGUACUUGAGCAACCCUUUUUCAUCCUCGAUGAGAUUAGAAAUAUAACUUGCUUGCCUACCCAGGUCUGUGUUCAAAUGUGCUGUGGGGCCACAAGCCAUAGAAAGCCUGUUGUGUUACAACACGAUCAUUGUGAAGACGGUUGAGCUUCUUUUAUCCUAGUAACUCCUGAUUUGUGUGUAUAGUGUGUAAGCAGGAGGGUUUAACUUACUACAUUUUAGGGUUUGUAACUUGAAAUGGAAAAUAAAGGGAGUGUGUUGAUGAAAAGGUAUGAAUUAGGGAGAUUAUUAGGGCAAGGCACAUUUGCUAAGGUCUACCAUGCUAGAAGCCUCAAGACUGGCCAGAGUGUGGCCAUUAAGGUAAUAGACAAGGAAAGAAUCUUGAAGGUUGGGCUGGAUGAACAGAUCAAGCGAGAGAUAUCUGUAAUGAGACUUGUUAAACACCCAAACAUUGUGCAGCUUUAUGAGGUUAUGGCUAGCAAAUCCAAGAUUUACUUUGUCAUAGAAUAUGCUAAAGGAGGUGAGCUCUUCAACAAGGUGGCCAAAGGGAAACUUAAGGAAGAUGUUGCAAGGAAGUAUUUUCAACAGCUGAUUAGUGCCGUGGAUUUUUGCCACAGCAGAGGUGUUUAUCACCGGGAUUUGAAACCUGAAAACCUACUUCUAGAUGAAAAUGAAAAUUUGAAGGUUUCAGAUUUUGGAUUGAGUGCCCUUGCUGAAUCCAAGCGUCAAGAUGGGUUGCUCCAUACUACUUGUGGGACACCUGCCUAUGUUGCUCCGGAAGUAAUCAACAGAAAAGGAUAUGACGGAGCUAAAGCUGACGUUUGGUCUUGUGGGGUCAUCUUAUAUGUUCUGCUGGCUGGUUUUCUCCCUUUCCACGAUUCAAAUUUGAUGGAGAUGUAUAGGAAGAUUGGAAAAGGAGAGUUUAAAUGCCCCAAUUGGUUUCCUAUGGAAGUACGCAGGCUGCUGUCCAAGAUUUUGGAUCCGAACCCAAAUACUAGGAUUUCUAUCACAAAGAUCAAGGACAACUCUUGGUUCAGAAAGGGUUUGACAUCCAUAUCAACUACUGAAAGAGAAAUUAAGGAACAUGCUCCUAUGGAAGCUGAUUCACUUUUCAGCCCUUCUGAGAAUAGCGCUGUUGCUGCCGAACCAAAUCAAGAGCUGGUCAGACCUAAUAAUUUGAAUGCUUUUGAUAUUAUUUCUCUUUCAGCAGGAUUUAACCUCUCUGGUUUGUUUGAUGAAAACGUUCAUAAGAGGGAGGCACGAUUUACAUCCAAGGAGCCUGUCUCAGCUAUCAUCUCUAAGCUGGUGGAAGUUGCGAGGUUACUGAAGUUGAAGGUGAAAAAGAAAAGUGGGGGUUUGUUGAAAUUGGAGGGAUCAAAGGAAGGGAGGAAAGGUGUUAUUUCUAUUGAUGCAGAGAUUUUUGAGGUUACUCCAUCUUUCCAUAUGGUGGAAGUAAAGAAGUCAAGUGGAGAUACGCCGGAGUACCAGCAGAUACUAAGACAGGAUAUAAAGCCAGUUCUUAGUGACAUUGUCUUGAAUUGGCAAGGUGAUCUGCCGCAGCGAUAACAACAGCAGCUGCCAUCUUGCUUGUAUGGCCUUUCCUUAACCUCGUAUUCCCGAGGACAUUUUUUCAGCUUGGCAAGUGGUGUGAAGGAGCAGGAGCAGCAGCAGUUGCAGUGGCAUUUUCUUGAGUGUGCUAUUAAGCCACUCUUUUCUCCUUGGCCUUUCAUAAACUUAGCAAAAUAUCUUCUCUUUGUAUUGUACCUUCCUAUAAUCUGUUAAUCCAUGCUAUUUGUACCUUUAUCAUAAUCUGUUACUUGGUGACUCUUUUUGUGUAGUGGUGGUGUAUCCGUGUUUGAGUAUAUAUAUAUUGAAGUAGCAUUAUGUAAAUUUUCUGUGUU